AUGUCAAACAUACGAGUACAUCUCCCUUGCCAUAUAUCCCAUUCAGUCCUAUGUUACGCACAUUGCCCGCCAGCAGCACAACGAAAGCUACAAGUUUCCCCUGCUGAUGCCUUAUCUACUGCAGAUUGCUUUCAAAGUCCACGGCACCGUUCAAGGUGGGUGUCGGCUUCCGCUAUCACACAAUACAGAGACUUUACUCAAAAAUGUGCUAAGCUCGACGGGCUCAAUGGCUGGGUUAGGAAUACUACCUGUGGAAGGGUCGAGGGUGAGGCCCAGGGCAGCGACGAAAAAGUGCAGAAAUUCCUUCAGCGCAUCGAUAAAGGUCCCUCUAUGGCUCAUGUAGUAAAACUAGAGAAACGGGCUCUGGACGUGCGUGAUGAUGAGGAGGGAUUUGCCGUGAUGCGGACAGCAGAGUCCAUGUUCAAAUCGGGGAAUUAG